AGUCAUUUCAGCCCCGAUGAGACUUCAGAGCGGCGUCUCAAUAGUUUCAAGUGGCUUUCAUUCAUUGUGUCCUCUUUAAAAAAUAUGGACAUUUGUGAAGUGAAGAGGUCCAUUGUUGGGAUUGCUUUUGCUUAAUUGCCGAGUUCAGGUGCAUUCUAAUUUUCAUCAGACUAUUCACUAUUCACAGAGCAGUUCUGCUGAAGGAGAGGAAGAGGAAUGGGGAGCAGUGGAAGGACAGACAGAGAGAAGAGGGACGCAGACACUUCCGUACCAUUGCUUUUUGUGCUGCUGUGUGAGGUGGGCAGAAGGAUCCUAACCAAGCUGCUAGCUCACAAGGGUCUGUCUCCUGUUUAUGCUAUCGAGCUGGUCUCCACACUGCAGCUGUGUAUCUGCAACCUGGAGCUACGUCUGCUGGGAGAGCUAGGCCAGCUGCAGCCUCAGUUCUGCCUCAGCCUUACCUACAUGGCAUCGGUGGUCCAUGCUGUCACCUUCCAUGGAGCCCUGGGGAACCCAUGUAGCACGUUUGAGCACACCUACCGGGGACGCCUCACUGCCAGGGGCGGCAUGCUGAGGGUGGUUUGCCAGUUCAUUGCAGCGGGUGUGGCGCCUACCAUGUUACAAGGGCUGUGGACCCUACGCCUAUCUGACCUGCACUGGAAACACGCACUCCAGGGCUUCCAGUGCACCAGCCCCAUCCACGCAGACACCAGCCUGGUGCUCCCUGGCCCACUGGUGGCGGCGGCUGCCAUGGAGCUAGCAGGAGCCUUCGCAAUGCAAACAGCCUUCACACACACACACACUGUGGACCAGAGGUAUCGGGUCCAUGCCGUAGCAGCACUCACCGCUAUCCUGACAUAUGCAGGAGGCAAGAUGACGGGAGCUGUAUUCAACCCUGCAUUGGCCUUCUCCACCCAGUUCCCCUGCAGUGGACACUCCUUUUUGGAUUACUGUCUAGUUUACUGGCUGGCUCCUCUACUAGGUAUGAUGUGUUCGGUCUUGUUGUUUGAUCAGCUGUCGCCUGGUGGAACCCCUGCGCAUCGCCCCCUCCUGGCCAACAAGAGGGAAUGAACCUGAUUUAUCAGAGCAGAGGUUUCCAAACCUCUCCUGAGGGACUCCCAGCCAUUCAAUGUAUGAGAUCUAUUUAAAGCUAACUAACCUGAUUAGACAUCAUCAAGGCCUUUAUUAGUGAAUCAAGUGUGCCUGUUCAGGUACUGUUCAUGGUUAUUGGAUGAGUUCAGGAAGUAACUCUUUGUUUUGUCUCCAUUUGGUGUCAAGUGGACUCACUGUCCAUCCCUACAAAAUGAAAACUUAUUCAUCAUGACCUCUUUCAAAUGUAGCACAUUAUAUAGUAUAUAUAGCAUUUAUUAUUAGUAUUUAACCUAAUGUUUUGAACAGUGGAGGCUGGUGGCACUUGAAAUUGGCCUGGAAAAGAACAGAAUCAACCUCACCAGCCUCCUCUGGAGUGUGUGUUAAUUUCUUAAGUUAGUAGUAGGAACACUGAACUAGCCAUUUUAGAAAGCAUUCAUUUAUGUACACCUGCAUGGCCUAUGUCUGCGGCCAGCCUAAGGACUGAGGUGAAGGACAAGGUUCUCUGACAGUAUUUUUAAUGCAUCACAUUGUUAAAAUAAACUGGGAGAAUAGCUGAGCUGCUUUCUCAAUCACAAAGAUGUGUGUAGCUAUUUGAUGUAAUUGGUCUGCUCAAAACUCCUCAACGUAAACCAACUGGCUGUGCAAGACAUUUCAUUGGUGUAAAAUAACAGCCAGGUUACAUUCUCAGAAUUGAUAUAGAACUCACACACAGUAUCUCUUUUUAUGUUUGCAAGUUAAAAAAAGCGGUUUCCCCAAUAUCUCAGGGUUUAACUAUGUUACUUCUUUGGAAUUUUCACUGAACACAAAGACAAUGUUCUUCAUAGAAAAACAAUA